AUGUUCAUUAGGGGUUUAUGGAAUGUUCCAUACAUCACAAAUUGCUAUCUCGUGAACGUGACACUGCUCAGAAAUCCAGAAACUCGUCCAGUCUACGCUAUCGAAGGAACUGAACCAGAUAUGGCAUUUGCUAUGACUAAUCGUCAUAGAGAUAUUUUCAUGUAUAUCAACAAUCGCUUCAAAUUCGGCCACUUAGUCGACCCAGAUACUUACGACCUAAGACGCAAGAAUCCGGACAUGUACGAGAUUUCUACUAACAAAUUGGAUUGGCAGAAAAGAUACAUCCAUGAAAAUUAUAGCCAGAACUUCAACCCUGAUCUCAAACCCAUUCAGCCCUGCACUGAUGUUUUUUGGUUCCCCAUUGUCAGUACCAGAUUCUGCCGCGAAUUCAUUGAAAUCAUGGAGAACUAUGGACUGUGGUCAGAUGGAUCUAAUCACGAUUCCAGAUUGCAAGGUGGCUAUGAGAACGUUCCAACCCGUGACAUCCAUAUGAACCAAGUGCAUUACGAGCGACAAUGGUUGUAUUUUCUCAAAGAGUAUGUCAGACCACUGCAGGAGCUCGUCUUCACUGGCUAUUUUCAUAAUCCUCCAAGGUCACUGAUGAAUUUCGUCGUUCGAUACAAGCCGGAAGAGCAGCCAGCUCUUCGCCCUCAUCAUGAUUCAUCAACAUAUACAAUAAAUAUCGCAUUAAACCAAGUAGGUGUGGAUUACGAGGGAGGCGGCUGUCGCUUUCUAAGAUACAAUUGCUCCAUCACCGAUACUAAACCUGGUUGGAUGUUAAUGCAUCCAGGCAGAUUGACGCAUUAUCACGAAGGACUUCGAGUGAUAAAAGGAACUCGAUACAUAAUGAUUUCAUUCAUUGAUCCUUAGAUGCAAGCUCCAUACAGAUAAGAAGAUCAGAAAAUUGAUACUCAAGGAACGUUUUUGGAUGUUCAGUUUUUCAUUACUGAUUUUCAUCCUAAUAUUGAGAAUUUAUAUUUCAUACUUCGAAAAAUCGUAAACAUAAAGAUCACGCCUAGAGAGGUGAAACAAAAAAAUACACUCACGUCCUGAUUUUUUUUCAAUUUUACCAUAUUUUUAUCGGUCAACACCACAUAUAUUUACAUAUGUACCGUAUUUACAUUGGAAAAAAUAGUUUUUGUUUCAUUUUUCCAUCUCAUAAUUGCAUCGGAUAGAUUAUUCUGCACUUGAAAAAUAACUUGAGUGAAAGAAGUAAAUUGUAAUUAGAUGUAAAAAAAGCUCUUUAAUAAUUACAUAAAAAAGUUUCUGUAACUGUU